AUAUAUAAAUCUUAAUCUUCUUCAUAAUUAUAGGUAUUGCUUUGGUUUUUCUUUUCACUUUGUGAAACAUUGAUAAAUUAUUUUUUUCCCUAAGAAUUUGCAGAAAUGGGUGAAGAAGCUGAUAUGAAUAAUGGAAUGUUUGCAAGUACUCCAGAUUUUGUUGAGAAGAAAGAUCAAUGGAUGAACAUGAAGGAUCAUGAUGAUCAUAUCAUUAUUUAUGAUGAUGAUGAUGAUGAUGGGGUUACAAGUUCAUCAUCAUCAUCAUUCAUCGGGGAUGAAUAUUCAAGAACUUGUUCAUCAUCAUCAUCAUUAGAUAUGGCGGAUGAUGCAUCUUCAUCUUCUUCCACCAUUGAUGGACCUUUGUUUCAUUUAUCUGACCUCAUGGCCCAACUCCCCAUCAAGAGGGGACUUUCCAAGUAUUUUCAAGGGAAAUCACAAACAUUUACAUCACUUUCAAAUGUGAACACCAUUGAAGAACUUGCAAAGAAGGAAACCCCAUUUUAUAGGAAGAAAUUGAAGGCAUGUAAAAGCCAUAAAUUGUGCACUCCUCCAAGGGCCACUAUUGGUAAGAAAUUAUGGAGAAAUCAUGGGCUUUCAUCAUCAUGUCCAGGGAGGAAGCUUAGAAGUAGUUUUUUAGGUGGUAGGCCUCCCUUAAUUCCUAUUCCAAAGAAAUUUUGAUUUUCGAGAUUUUCGGUAUUAGAUAGUCAUGUUGAAUUUCAACUAUAUUUGAACUUGAGCUACAUUGACUCCUCAAUGCGGGAAGAUCCAUAAGAUUAUAACCCCAAAACUUUACUUAUGGAAGCUCUCUCAAUGUUGAUUUUUUUCAUUUACAAUGUUCAAAUCCAAGACAAGAGAGAUGCUAGAUAAUUUGAAUGGAAACGAUAGAACCAGAGACUUAUAUGGAAAUAAACAGUAGACUUUGAGGCGCGGGUGACGCUUUUCAAAGAGAACUAUUUGUCCCCACACAAAGUUGUUACAGAGUUAAGACAAAAGUCCUCCCGGGAUACAACGAAGUUUUGAAUUUCCUUUUAUUAGCAAAAUCAAGGAAUUCCUUAACUCUUAUUCUAAUUUCUAAAAUUGAAUUGAUUGUAAUGUAAUUUGUGAGCACCAUAGCCCCUCUAUUUGUAUGCACUCAAAGAAUACUAUUUUGAAGAGUCAUAACCCUUCAUUUUGGACAUACUUCUUGGAAGAAACAUGUCCCAUGGAAUGAUAAAUCAUCACUUUUAAUUUUAA